AUGGGCACAGCCCUCAUCAGGGCCAUGCAAGUCCAUCUCCCCUCAGGGCUGAGGUUCUGGGCUGGACGCACCACCUGGCUGUCUCGGGCGGCCCUGGGGGUUUUGCGGGGCGUCCUCUGCAGAGCAAGGUCCUUUCAGGAGGAAGUGCUUCUGGGGACUUGGAGGACCCAUGGCUCAACAUCUGGAUGUCCCCCAUGGCCGGGCCGCGUCCCCUGGGUGGGGGCCCUGCUCGUAGGUGAAGGAGGGCACCUGGGGGCCCUGAGGAGGUACCCAGCCUGCUCCCAGGAGGUCAGGAAGCUGGUGGAGGUGAUCCAAAUUCACCCUGCAAAGAUGAGCCAGACCUCUCUCCUGGGCUCCUGGGCCGUGCCAGCAGCUGCCCAACUAACCAUCACACUUGUUCCAACUCAAGCACUGGAAGGGGGCAACAUCACCCUGGCUGUUCAGGGCUUGGCCGAGGACGGGCUCCUGUCCUUCAACUGGUUUCGGGGAGCAGGCACGGAGAUGGCCCAGCAGAUCUUAACUUUCCACGUGAUCUCGGGGGGCCUGACCCUCAGCCCUGCUCACACGGGCCGGGAGACGGUGAAGCCAGAUGGUUCUCUGCACAUCGCCGGGCUCAGCCUCGCAGACAUGGGCCCCUACACCCUACGGAAGAUUUUGAUGGACAUGAGCCACCCGACGUGGAGUGUCUACCUGCCUGUGUACGUGAGGCUCAGAGCGGGGAGGCCAGUGUGGCCAAGUUCCCCGAGGUGGGCAGUACCUUUGCUUCAGUUCAAGUCUCUUCCUCUCUCCACCCUACCCCCACCCCCUGUCACAGAGAAGCUGGCUCCACCCACCAUCACAGCCUCCACCUCAGCUCCCCUGGAGCUGCAGGACUCCGUGACCUUGAGCUGCCAGUCCCCAAGCAAUGACGCCACCUUCCAGUGGUACCUUGGCAAGGAGCCCGUGGUGGACAGUGGGUGGCUGGAGCUGUCCCUGGACCAGCAGAGACUGACCAUCCACCAGGUGACCCGGAACGAUUCAGGACCUUAUCAGUGUGAGGUCAAGAACCCGGCCAUCACCAGCCUCAGCGAGCCCCUGCUCCUCGACGUCAUCUAUGGUCCGGACAUGCCCACAGUAACCACCACUGAGCUCAGCUUCAUAGUCGGCUUCAACCUCACCCUUUCCUGCUCCACCACAUGCAACCCUCCAGCCCAGUACUCAUGGACAAUCAAUGGGAGCCCAGGGCCCUCUGGCCAGCAGCUCUUCUUGUCCGCCAUCCGCCUGGGCACAGCUGGAGUCUACACCUGUGAGGCCACCAACCCUGCCUCGGGCAGCCACAGUGCCGUCAACACACUGAUUGUCAUCCCUGAGUACAUGCCUCAGCCCAGCAUCCUGGCUGACAACAUUGCCCCCGUGGAGGACAUGGACUCUGUCACCCUGAUGUGUGUCCCUCCAAAGAGCGUUGCUGCCAUCAGGUGGUUCAAAGACAGUGAUGUCCUUUCCAAUGGGGGCCGAGGGGAGCUGUCCCCAGACCACAGGUUCCUCACCCUCCGGAAUAUUACACGGAAUGACACUGGGCUCUACCAGUGUGAGGCCAGCAAUUCUGCCACUUCCAGCCUGAGCAACCCCCUCCCUGUGAACGUGAACUAUGGACCCAAUGUCCCGGUGAUAAACCCCAUGGAUUCCACCUUCGUGGCUGGCUCCAACCUCACCCUCUCCUGCUUCGCCAGCUCCAACCCGCCUGCUGCGUACAUGUGGAGGGUGGAUGGGAGUCCAGGGCCAGCAGGGCAGCUCCUCUCCAUCCUGGAUGUCUCGCUGAACAGCUCGGGGCUGUACAGCUGCCAUGCUGCCAACGCAGACCAGGCCUCCAGAGCAUGGCCCAGCUGGUGGUCCACAUCAAAGAUGCCAUAGCUGAGAAUGACCUGGGCGCAGCGUUCUACAGACCACCCAUCCCUGGAGGGGGCAUCGCCGGCAUUGUGCUUGGAGUGGUGGUUGGUGUCGUUCUGACGGCCACUGUGGACUAUUUCCUGGGCUUCAUGAGGGACCAGUUCAGGGCAGCUGUGUCUCCUCACCUGAGAAGAUCCAGACAAUUCAACAUGGAGUCAUGAUCCAGAAGGCUGGAUACCACCUUGAAAUUCACCACUUGAUGUCUUAUCCUGUCAAAGAAAAGACCCCACACACAAGCUGCAUGUGCAGAGAUGCUCCAACUGGGACGUGAACAGUGAAACAGCAGGAUGUCAUGGUACAUAUGGUAGCUUGUAAAUCCGAGAAAGCUGGGUGAUGACAGGUGUUCCUGGGGACAUGGGGUCAUAGGAGCCUCUGGCACUGCUGGUGGGACUAUGGCUGGGGACAGUGAUUCUGUAGGACAACCUGGCAGGACUUGGGCAAAUCAAGCAUAGUCCCUGGAACCCAGGCGUUGUCCUCCUGGAUAAGGAAUGUCCUGACCGUGCAAAGGAAUAUAAACAAAGCGGUGCAUUGUGGACGUCCAUGCCUGGGGGAGUUGACAGCAGGAUGGUGGAUUCACACUGGAGAGCGUUGACAGCAAUUGGAAAUACUGUUUGUUCACACAGCAUCACAGAUGGAUCCUAAAAGCAUGACAGUGAAUGGAAAAAGUAGUUUAUAUUCAUUAGAGUAAGUAAAACUAGCUGCUGUUGAGGCGUCUUCUUUUCUUUUCUUUUGGGCUGCACCUGUGCCAUGCAGAAGUUCCCAGGCCAGGGAUUGAACCGAAGCCACAGCAGUGACCCGAGCUGCUGCAGUGACAGUGGUGGAUCCCACUGCUCCACAAAAGAUCUCCUGUUGAGGGGUCUUCAU